AUGAGUAAUCGUAUAUGUUGUGUUGUUAAUUGUUCUAACACAUACAAGAAUACUUCGAAUGUGAAGUUUUUUAGAUUUCCUAAUAGACCGUACGAAAGAGAAUUGAAAAAUCAAUGGAUUCGAGCAAUAAAUCGUCUUGAUGACAAUGGGAAAUUAUGGCAACCAAUCAAUAGUAGUCUGGUUUGUGGCGAUCAUUUUGUCAAUAAUAAACCAUCAAAGCAUCCUCAAAGUCCAGACUAUAUUCCAUCAAUAUUUCCUAAAGCAUAUAAGAAAAAAACACAGAAUAAUCAACAGCGUGAAGCGAGGUAUAAAAGAGUACUAAAUCGUCAAGACAGAACAAAUAAGCAAUAUCAAGAUGAGCUACCUGAAAACUUAAAUGAGUUAUCAGAAAGUGUUUUUCAUAAUAGAAAUUUGACAUGGGAUGUUAGUACUCAGGUUGCUUUUGAUGUUACUGAUUCUGGUUUUUUUAAUUUUGAAUGUAGUUUUGAUAAUAAUAAUGCUAUGACUCAAAUAUCUGGACCCUCAUUAGUAAAAUAUUGUAAUAUUCAGAAAAUCGAUCAGUCAUGUGGUCCAGAUUAUCCUUUAUUUGAUAGAUAUUUUCAUGGUUUUAUAUCAAUUAAAAAUGAACAACAUUUAAAGGAUCUAACUGGUACUACAUUUCAAGUUUUUUAUUUAUUAUUAAGUUUUUUAUCUGAUUCAUCUUACUAUAGUUUUGAUAAAGAAAAUCGUCUUCUAAUGUUCUUAAUAAAAAUUAAAUUAGGUAUUACAUAUUCUGCUAUAAGUAGUAUAUUUAAUUGCAGUCGUCAAACUACAACUCGGAUAUUUUACAAUACAUUACACAUUUUAGCAAUAAAAACUAAAGAGUUCAUAUUUUGGCCUUCUAAAUAUACAGUUCGUGAAACUCUUCCUGAAGCAUUUAAGAAAAAUUAUCAAAAUUGUCGGUGCAUAAUUGAUUGCACUGAAAUCAAGACCGAACAACCCAACACUAUUGAGCAAAGGGUAUAUAUGUAUUCGAGAUAUAAAAGUUCCUAUACUAUUAAAGUAUUAGUGGCAGUUACGCCUAAUGGUAUGAUAUGUUUUUUAUCCAACUGUUAUGGGGGUAGAGCUAGUGAUACUUUCAUAACAAAUGACAGUGGCUUCUUAAGCAAAUUGGAACCCGGUGAUGUAGUUCUAGCUGACAAGGGGUUUCCUAGUAUUAAAACACAGUGUGAAACAAAUUCAAAUAGUAUAUUAGUUAUGCCUCCAAUUCUUCAUAAUGGAAGAUUCACUGAACAUGAAGUCAUUGAAACAUAUUCUGUGGCUAGUGUUAGAAUUCACGUAGAAAGGGUGUUUGCUAGGUUGAAAACCUAUGGAAUAUUGAAUAAAAUAACAAUGGACCUCAUGCCUUCCAUUGAUAAUAUAAUGCAUACUUGCUGUGUUUUGACUAAUCUACAAAAUCCUAUCAUAAAAGAAUAA